AUGUUUUUUUCAGAGUCAGAUAGUGGAAAACAAGUAAUUAUACUUGGUUGCUUGACGGGAACACUUAUUAUCAUUUUCUACAGUUUACAAAUCAUUCGAACUAUUUAUAAGAAAUACAGACAACCAAAAGCAAAUACGAACAAAGAAAUAUCAAAAGAUUCGAAACUUAUAAAUGUAGCAAUUGAACAUGUAAAAAAAUCAACUCCAAUAUCAUCAAGUUUUAUCGCUAUUUUGAUGAUUAUUGUUGCUAUUGGAACUCUUCUUGCUAAAUGGUCAAUUCUAAAAGAGAUUCAUGCUGAAAUAGUUAAUAAAUAUAAAAAUAAAGAACCAAUCUAUUUCAACAGAAAAUCUUUUUGUGAUAUACUUGAUAUUCAACAAUUCAAUGUAGUGACAUUUCCUGUUGCUUGUCUAGUUGUCAUCAUAUGUAUGAUAACGACCAAACGAAUCUCAUUUAUGAGAAAUAAAUGCUAUGGAUAUGGAGCACCACCAGUGCCACUUGAUUUUCUUUCACAUUUAGAUCGAAAAUUUGCUGCUGUUAUUUUUGCCAUUAUAGCCGAUGAAUUGUUUGGAAUAGUACAACAACUUGGCGAGUCAUCAGGUUUAAAUGAAGGCAUUCUUGUUAAAUUUCUUUUACGUAUAUUUCAAGUAUUAAUAAUGGGCUUUCGGUUUUAUCCUAUAUUGGCUUGUGUUUAUAUCAAUUCGAUAGUUACAUUAGUAUGUGCAACAAUAUAUGCAUGGCUUGAUUAUUCAUUUACAAUUGUUACUCAAGGUAUGUGUUAUCCAACGUAUUAUCCAACGUAUGAUGAAUAUGAGACAAAUACAACUGAUAUUAGUGAUAAGUUAGAUUAUUAUGGUACUGGUUCAGCAUUGAUUGCUAUUGAAUUAUGUAGUGAUAUUCCAAGAUAUCUAUGUUUAGCUUAUGUAAGUGUUAAAUUACCAGCAAUGUUAAUAGAAAAAAUAUAUAAUCAACGAAAAAAACAUUUAACAGAAGAAAAUAAAAUGUUAAUGUCAUUAACACAAGAAGAAAAACUUCUAUUAUGUAUAUCUCAUCCAGAAUCGCCUGAAAUGCUUUAUGUACGAAACUUAUUUCGUUCAGCUAAUGAAAGACCUCGAAGUGAAAUAUUAUUUGCUCGUUUAAUACCAAAAUUUAUUUAUGAAUGGAGAGAUGAUUUUCAAUUUUCAACACGUGUUUUAUGUCUUUAUUCAUCUAUAUUCUUUUUACUUUUCUUUGUUACUGUUGACGCUUGUGUAGGCAUUUUACCUAUAUUAAAUACUAUGCAACCAAAUCUGCAAACUCUUGUGGAGUCUAUCAUUAAUCUAGUUGAUUCAAUAAUCAAUUUAUUCUCUAAUAAUGGUGAUAAUCAAGAUCCGGUUUCAUUGACAUUUCCAUUACCAAAUUUAGUUAAAUCAUACUAUUGUGCUGUUACUAUGACAGUAACAAUUAUUGUUAUACAGUUAAUAGUAUUUCUAGCUAAUAUACGUCGAAAUCUAUUACAGGUAUAUCGUGGUGAUGAUAGUGAAAUACCACGAAGACAGAGAUCACAAUAUGUUACAUAUGCUACCGGAAAUUUUCAUUUUGCUGGAUAUUUUAUUGGUUAUUUAAUAUGGGGUUUUAUUAUAAUAGCAUUUUUUUCGACAAUAUUUUGUGUUUCUAUUGGUGCAUUUAUUACAUUUGGAAAUGUUAAAGUGUUAGAAAAAAUUUUAAAAUUCAUUCUACCAAGUCUUUUACUUGUUACUUUUAAAGUAUUUCUCAACAAGCUUCUUGCACAAUAUGUUUUCUUACAACAUUAUGGAGAUGUCUUAGCAUUGGAUAAUCGUCGGUUUUUUAUGAUAUUUAUUUAUUUUAAUUUCUUCUUAGAUGCUUUUCUUGGUUUUAUUUCAUCAAUAUUACGUUUCGUUAAAAGUAUUAUUGGUGCAACAUUUUAUAUGUGUCGAUUAGAUUAUUCACCAUUAGGACGAAAAUUAGAAACAUUCGAUAGUGGUUUUAGUGCAUAUUGUGGAUUUAUUCAUACAGAAUGUACUCAUCGACAUCCAAUUAUGCUAGUAUUUGUUUCACAUUUAUUUAGUGAGCUUCGAAAACAACAAUAUUCAAUGACUCAUAUCGAUUUAGAUGAUUUUCCACUUGAAGAAAAAUGUGCAGUUGAAGUGAAAAAAACAUCAAAAUAUAUUCGAAAAUGGAGAUUAGCAGUUUUUCUUGUUCGAAAUCCAGCUAUUGUGUUUUUUAGAAAAACCUUUCUUAAACAAUUAUGUUUUGAGGAUCUUCAGGCAAUAAAUGAUCUUGAUAAUGAUAAUCAACAUAAUACUCAACGAGGAGCAGCUUUUUAUAUUCGUCAAAUGGCUGCACAACGACCAAGUUUUGUUAACGAAAUCGAUCCAACACAGAUCAUAAUUCAAAGGUUUUGAACAUAGAAGUUUUACAAAAUUAUUUUUGUUUCGGACUAUUUUUUAUAUAAAUGAAACAUUAUAAACGAUGUUGAUGAAUAAUUUUAUAUGGAAAUUUUUCGAACUGAUUGAUAUUAAUUGUAUCUAAUAAGAUUUGGUUUGUAUUUGAAUUUUACUUAAAUUGAAAUUCUUUUUUGUUUUGUAUUUUCGAUAAAUAAAUAUAUUUUUAAUAUAGUUGAGAAAUUCCUAUUUAAAAUUCAAAAGG